AUGCCGCGUGGCGGUCGUGACAGAAUAACCAGCAUCACGAUAGACUUCCGGCACAUCGUACAGGAGGACGCUAUGACGAUCCUGAGCUACGCCUCGCCAUACAACGUGCAGCUCGAGCUAGUCGGUGGCACCAAGCCAGUGUUGCCUCAGACGCAGAGCCCGAAACCGGGCCACCAGAGCCUCACGCACCCGCUGUACCGCUCCAGCAGCCAAUCGGACCUUAACACGAUUGAGCGCAACUCACGGAAAAAGCUGUUCCCAAGCGAAGACUCACCGCUGAAGAUGGACAACAACCGUGCCGGAAGCCCUACGCAGGCCGCGCCCGGAAGCAAAGGACCGUUGCCGACCGUCCACAAGGAGCACGAGCGGGAACCGAAGAAACACUCGUUCAAGCAGCAAAUGCGCGAGAUGAUCGAGGAAAAGUUCCAAACCAAGCACGCCGACGUCGAACGGAAGGCGUCCUCACCGACGACGGCCGACGACGCGGUUGCGCCUGCGCCGGCCAAGAAGGGCCACAAGUUCGGCAUCCGGGUGUUUCCGCCGUCGGUGAACGAUAAACUGUUUGGCAAGAGUCCGACGAAGGUGCAGGCCGACAACGAGAACAACACCAACCUCGAGCGGAAGGAGUCGGACGAACAGCAGCAGGAGGGCGGCACCCGUCGCUCUCCGUCGCCACCGGUCGUUAAGAAGCGCACGAAGGAGCCGAAAAUGGCGACGGUUCCGGAUGUGGUCGGUGUAGCUACUGCCACCCAUCAGCUCGGCGAAGCGAUCGGCGAAUUUCAGCGACAGAACAGCGUCACCUCAAGCGGCAUCCGGCGGGAUGCGUCCGGCAUUCCGCAGGAGGUGCCGAGCUUCAUGAUGCAGGCCGCGAACGCAGCGCGAGACAAUCGCAAAUCGGCCCACGCUGGCCCCCCAUUUACGAUGACCAGCAGCAGUGCGGAGGCAGACGCGAAGCGUAAAGGGAAGGCACCGCGGCCACCGUAUAACGAGGCGCACGAUCUGGACGAGAGCACCGUGACGAUGGACACCAACCUGAGCAGUACGCAUGAGGCCGAUGGUGGCAGUGCCAGCAGUCGGAUGCUGCUGAACGGAAGCGUCAGUUCGACGAUCGAUUCCGCCGCGAUUGGGCGCAUGAACUUUUCCGACAACUUUGCCGAAGAGGUCCUGAACUGUACGCUGGACAGUAUCAGCCAGAUCGAGCAGUUCGAUGGUGGCCCGCCAGCGAACCGGGGACCGAGCAACAGCUCCACGCCGAAAAGUGACCGCAAAAAGACGUCCUCGACCGAAAGCGAGCUCAUGAUGAGGACCAACAGCCUGGAGGAACUGCAUAACGGCCAGCACCACGAUAAUGAAUCCGACGUGGAGCAGGAGCAACGGCAGACAGUGGCCCGUGGCAACAAGAUCGAGCUGAACGCGAGUGACGUCAUCGUGCACCAGAGUUCCCCCAGUCCGACGCCACUGGCGGCCAGCGGCGAGGCGAGCGAGGAAGAACCGCAAGACGAUAGCAACCGACGGACGGCCAGUUUGGGUGACCUCUCGAAGCUGGAACCACAGAAAUCGGGCACCGGCAGUGCCAGCAACACGCUCGAGCGGGCUCAAAGUUUGGAGAUUACGGGCGACUCGGCGACGACCACGGUGACGGUUGUGAAUGGUGCAGAGAAUCCGCAGUCCGAGGAAGCGAACACAAUGGUCGACGCGAAAGAGAUGGCCACCGACGGGCUGAACUCGCUGCAGCGCAACCGUCUGAAGGGUGCAUCCGCCUGGGGCAAUCUCGAGGAUGCGAUUACCUACGGCGAGCUGCUGGUGUCCGGAAACGAAAACGAUUCCGAUCGCGGACACGUGGUAACGGUGAAGGAGAACGGUUACACCGCCGGUGUGCGGUCGCCACUGGUCGGCGGCACUCAAGCGAUCAUCGUGGCCGAAGCCAAAAAGAUCGACGUGUCCGGUGGCGGCACCACGACGCUGAUCGUGCAAAGGGCCGUCGAUUCGGGUGCCGCCGAAGAGCCGCGGCCUAGCACCGAAGAGCACGUUUCGCUGACCACCAUCGGGUCCGGCUACGGUCGAGACCUGGAAUCGCCGGAGUCGGAUCGAGAAGAACGGCAGCCCGCAUCGGUAACGAACCACCUGGUGAAGAUCACUGGCGCCCAGCAGUACGACACCAACAUUCCGGACGACGUUAAGGUGUCACGCUAUCCGUUCGGCAGUCUCGAGCGGCCCAAGUCGGACGUGCUGAAGAAGCUGCUCGGUCAGAAGGAAGAGCUAGAGAACACUCCGUCCGUGUUCAUCUCGGCCGAUGGGAGCGCCGGCGAGCACACCGUGAGCAAGAUCCGCAUCGAAGGUGGCCACCGCCCGGUGGAUGCCGGAGAACCGAUCAGCUUGACGCUGAUCAACGCUCCGGAGCCGGCGAUGUCCGAUCAAACAACCGAGAGCAGCCAACCGUCGCCGGUGUUCACGAGCAACACGAACGGUGUCAGUAGCAUCAACAUCUCCUCACUGGAGUACGACGAUCAGCAGCAGCGAUCGUCGACCGCCAUUAACGGCUUCACGGCGAUGAACGGAAUGAUGAUGCCGAAGUUUUCGCUGAGCGACAACAUUGUCACCAUCUCGACGGCGAUGGACGGCGGUGGUUCCGGUUCGCAGCCAUCCUCGAUCAUCAUGAUUGACGACGAGAAGCUUGACUUUAGUCUGCAGACCCUGGACGAUUUCGACGAUCCGCUCGUCGACGACGGUGGAUUACCGCCGCCGCCCUUCGGUGCACCGAUGCCACCACCGGACUUCUCGAACGCCUAUGCCGCCGCCACCGUCGAACCGGUAAUGCUGGUUGUGGAGGCAAGCGAACGGAGGCCAGCAGCAGAGCCGCCGCUACCACCGCAGCGCAGUUCCAUCACACUGAAUCGGCGAGGCAGUGGAGGAGCCCCGCUGACCAACGGCUCCUCAGGAGGGGGAUUCGUCACGGAGAUCACGCUCAAGCCGGUGGCUGGCCUAGCAGCGGAGCCAGCAGCACCACCUCAGCCCACCGCGGCGGAACGAUGCACUCCGCACCAGAAUGGGCUGACCGGGCCGGGCAAACAGGAAUCGGAUGGCCCCGCCGUCCACGCCGCCCCACCCGGGAAGCCACCGAUCGUGACGAAGAAACCGCCCAAACCGGACAAUAAACCGACCACACCACCGUCCCGGAUACCGGUCGAGCGGCGCAUGUCCAGCGAGCAUAGCUUCAUACCGCGCAACGCGGAAAUCAAAUUCACCACCGCGACGUACGAGUCGCCCUCGUCGGUGCCGCGGACACCACCGACGCGCCCGCUCGGCGUCGACCAGAUCCGGUCGAACUUUGAGCGCUCCAACUCGAAGACGGAAAUUCCGGUCCUCAUCCGGCGCACUUCCAUCCCGUCGAUCAGCUUGUCUCACGGUGGCGGCAGUCACGGGCAGGCGGGCGGCUCGAUGAGCAACCUCAGCUCGAUCGCUGGCCAGCAGCAGCCAGGCAGCACCAGCACCAAAGCGAGCCCAUCCCGGAUUCCGGUGUUCAACUCGGCGGCCGGGUCCAAGUUCGGUUACCACGACGCGAACGGCGGACGAUCACCGCCGCCACCAGCCUCGGCAAGCCCAACAACCACGAACGGGGGUGCGUCUCCGCAGCUUCAGCAGAACCACCACGCAUCAUCACCACCACCAGUCACCACCAACGGUCACCACAACCACCAUCAACACAACAACAACAACCAUCAUCUGGUCAGCAACAACAAAGUGUCCGUCAGCAUUACCUCGAUCAAGAACCAGGCCAAACAUCCGAGCGGUAAAUUUUAGCUCCAGCCGGAGCAGGAACCCGAAUCGACCGGACGUAUCUCGGGAGGACGCAGGACGUACGUGAUCCGCUCCGCGCUCCCGAAGGCAUUACACUUUAGUUUAGUUAGCGAGGUUAGCGAUUAACAAGCCCGUUUGUCCAUUUGGUUAUUUAGUUUUCUUUUUUGUUCGAUAAAA